AAUAAAGGUCAUUUCAAUGUUGGAAACAAAGUGACAUUGGAAUAGAAGCUCACUCUUGUAGAAAAAAUGAAGACUUCCUGUUCUGUGUAGAAGCGUGAACUUACAAUUUUACGUUAUCUUAUAAAUUAAUGAUGCCUGAAAUAACAGAAGCUGAGGUCUCAACAUUAUCUGAAAGAGUAACAGAUACAAAUCCUACCCUAGCGCUAGAAGAAGACGAUGAGGACAUUGAAGAUGAAACAUUGAUUGAGCGACUGAUAGGACUUACAGAAAUGUUUCCUGAAUCACUUCGGAAUACAAGCUCUUCACUUGUGGACUUAAGCUGGAAUGGGACCAAAUGGCUAUAUAGCAACAGUAGGAGCUUAAUGUGGGUUUGUGCCUCCUCGGCUACGAUGUUAGCACUUCCUGUUAUGUUUGAAAUGGAGCGAUCACAAAUGGAAGAACAACAAUUACAACAGCAAAGACAAAUUAUGUUAGGUCCCAAUGCAGCAAUGUCUGGUCGACCUGGUCAAGGAAUGAUGCCUCCCAUGCCUGGACAGCCCCAACACUAGUUAAGUCUCUUUAUACACAGUUAAGACACUCUGACGACUCACAUUGAAGCUCCAUGAACACUCCCAUGAAUGUCACAAAGGAAAAAGGAUUACAAACCUAUUUGAUCAUCAAGAAAUAGGAUUCAAUGAAUCUAUGCCCAGAUUUGUUCUAGUCAGCUACUAAGGAAGGCAUAAAAUUCUUUUUGUACUGCUGGAUUUUGAUUGACCCAUUCUGAUUGGAGAAGACAAGAUCAUUGGAUUUAUUAUGUUGAAAAUGAUAAGGCAAAAUCAACAAAUAAUAGAGAUUUAACUUAUAAGUGAAAGCAUAACUUAUGAUUAUGUGUAUAGCUUUACAUUAUAAGUACAUGUAAGAGUGAAUUGAAAUUUGGCAUUGCGCAGAAAUAUGUAAUACUAAUACUACAUAUAGAAAUGUAUCCUGUAUUUUAUCAAUCAAUUUCAAUGUUUAUGAUUUCAUAA